AUGUUACUGGAAGUCUGCAUAUUCGUUUGUCUGCUCAUCGCAGCUUACCUUAUGAGUGGGAUGAAACGGAAAGCCAGCACUACCUACGAUGAAGUGUACAUUGCUCAAUUCAACCCUACAUGUGUAGCAGACAUCCAGAAAUUCUUUAAAUGUACAAAGUUGAACGAGCUGAAAAUUAACAUUUACAUAGAUUUCACUUUGAAUAACGUGAGAGGCACUAGAAAUCUUCACAAGGUCGGAAAGAGGGACUUGAAUGUGUACCAGAAAGCGUUAUCUUAUCUGAUGGAAGGGUUUGGCAACAAGAACAUUCCGAUAGACUUGUACGGAUUUGGAGAUCUGGAGAGUCAGGACUCAGAGGUAUUUUCUAUGACGAUGUACCACCAUUCUCUAACUGCAAGUGAAGCAAUAGAGAACUACAACUCUAUUGUGGAGAGCAUUGAAAUGAGUGGACCGCGAAGCUUUUGCCCUGCAUUAAAACAUGCCAUUGAUCAGUCACAGACCUCGGGACAGCAUCUCUUGUUCAUAAUUACCAGUGGGCUCCCGGAAGAUUUGAUUAUGAAUUUUGAGCACUUGGUAGAAUCAAGCUGGCAUGAUGUCUUGGUGAUAAUCAUUGGUGUCGGAGAUGGACCUUGGAAUGGAAUGUCCAGAUUAACUAGAUGUACUUCUGAGAAAAAGUUUUCAAAUGCCUCAUAUUUGCUCUUUGAUAUGUACUCUGAGGAAGUUGAUUUUUUAAGGAAUAUCGUGAUGACUGCUAAAGAUUUAAAUGAAAACCUUGUUGUGGAUCGUUUGAAGAUGGAAUCAUCUGGUCAUGAGAAAGAUGAAUAG